UGUCUUCCAGAAGUGUUUAUACAAAAUGACUUCAUGGGGUAGAUUUUGACAAGACUUUAAAGCACUAUGUAAAAACUUGAAGCCAUAAAGUAAAGACAAAUAAAUUUUACUAUGUAAGAAUUGAAAUUUUCUGUUAAGCAAAAAUGUCAUACACAAAGUCGGGGUACUGAGGGCUUUUACCAAAAUUUAAUUUAACAUCUUUAAAACUAGGCCGGGGGAGGCAGGCUCGGACGGCCCAAGGAGCUGCAGCUGCCCUUCGAGCCCUCCUUACCGACACUAUGCUCCAGUUCCUGCUUGGAUUUACUCUUGGCAAUGUGGUGGGAAUGUAUCUGGCUCAGAACUAUGACAUACUUGGAGAAAUUAAAAAGGACGUGGACGCCAAGAAGAAACCCCCUAGUUCAUGAGGCCGACUCUAGCACUGCCUCCUGGAUAAACUGAUUCUACUGUUCUUGAGGGCCUCCUUUACCAUCUGAACCAAAAGCUUUUGUUUUCAUCUCCAGCCUCAGCAAUUUUCUUCUUUGCUAGACCCUGCAUUGCCUUACAGCACAAAUGGGGCCACAAGUUAAGAACAACCCUUACUUUUCCAACAUCCUCACUUCUUCCCUUCCUCCUU